UUUGUCUUCUCCUUUUUGUUGAUUUCAGCGACCCUAAGGUCCACAGCAUCGUGGAAAGAGCUGUAAGGAGCAUUAUGGGCGAGCUGUCCAAUGAGCCCCGUAGCAACCUGCUCAGCCCAUCCCAGGUGGUUGUGGAGGUGGUGCCCAGGCUCCUCCUGGCCCUGUGGAUUCAGCCAAAGGAAGGCCAUUCAGGGCACCCAAUCCUAGUAAGCGGGAUGGCCGUGGGCAUGGUGGCGGCCGUAGUGGAGAAGCUCUCCAGCAUGUUAAAGGCCCCUUCCCCUCAAAUCCCUUUCUCCCGCGCUGCGGCUUUUGAAUCUGUGUGGUCAAUCCUCGGGAGAAUCAGUCUAUCCUUCUCCACGGAUGACCUCCAGAGCCCAUUUUAUGUGAGAUCUGUCUGUGCCUUUGUGGCUGAUGAGGUACAGAGCUGCUUCCAGCCCCCUGCAGCCACUUUACCAGUCCUCCCUGUCGUCGCCGCGGCCAUCUCCACCGCACCUCCAGACAUCCGAGCAGAGGCAGACCCGGCUUCUUCCCACAUGGAGGUUGUGAAUAUCAACGCUAACACAGAGGCAGACCAGGAUUCUUCCCACCUGGAGGUUGUGGACAUCACCGCUAACAUAGAGGCAGACCAGGUGUCUUCCCACCUAGAGGUUGUGGACAUCACCGCUAACAUAGAGGCAGACCAGGUGUCUUCCCACCUAGAGGUUGUGGACAUCACCGCUAACAUAGAGGCAGACCAGGUGUCUUCCCACCUAGAGGUUGUGGACAUCACCGCUAACAUAGAGGCAGACCAGGUGUAUUCCCACCUAGAGGUUGUGGACAUCACCGCUAACAUAGAGGCAGACUCUGCUUCUUCCCACUUGGAGGUUGUGGACAUCACCGCAAACAUAGAGGCAGACUCUGCUUCUUCCCACUUGGAGGUUGUGGACAUCACCGCUAACAUAGAGGCAGACUCUGCUUCUUCCCACUUGGAGGUUGUGGACAUCACCGUUAACAUAGAGGCAGACCCGGCCUGUUCCCACCUGGAAGUUGCGGACAUCGGCCCUAAAACAGAGGCAGACAGAGCUUGUUCCCACUUGGAGGUUGUGGAAAUAACCCCUAAGACAGAGGCAGACCCGGCUAAUUCACACCUGGAGGUUCAGGACAUCACCCCUAAGACACAGCAAGAUCCAGCUUCUUCCCACCUUGAGGUUGUGGACAUCACCCUUAAUAGAGAGGCAGAUCCGGCUUCUUUCCACCUUGAGGUUGUGGACAUCAACCCUAAUAGAGAGGCAGAGCCCAUCUCUUCCCUCUUGGAGGUUGUGGAUGUCACACCUGAAGAAAGGACUCUCAAGAUGGCCGUCUUCACCACUCUGCCAACUGACAUCCAAGCAGAGGAUGUUGCUGUGGUCAUCCCAGAUGUCACCCCACACGUCACCAAGGAUGUGCAGGAACCGGGAGCUACAGCGAGACCUAUAGCCUUCACGAGCAAGUCCCUCAGUUAUGCACAGUCGAGGUAUCCUGCGCACAGGCUCGAGUUCUUUGCCAUGAAAUGGGCUAUCUGUGACAAGUUCCACCACUGGCUACGGGGACAGUAG